AUGCAUCUCAACGUCGACGCCGCCGCCGACCCCGACGAGAACCUGCCCCCUAUCCCAAACCACCACCAGUUCCGCCUCUCUCAGAGACAGCCACGCCAUCUAGAGCCUCGCAGUCCUCGCAGUCCUCGCAGUCCUCGCAGCCCUCGCCGGAAUUCGCUCCAGCGCACUUCCCGCCCGCCCGCCUCCGCCGUCCCUGCUGCCCCUGCCGCCGCUGCCGCCUCCCCUGAGGUUAUAUCCAACCUCAUCACGAGCCUCAGCGCCAUCUCACCACCUGCCAGCGCCCACUUCGAGUCGCAUCCCGUCGCCAUCAACUUCGACCUGCCCGCUGGCCCCAGAAGCCCCAGCACCGGCAGCUUUGGCGUCGAUUACGGUGCCUACACUCGUUGCCGGCCCGACGAUCCUGCUCGAGACUCUGCAUCCCUCGACAACCUCGCCGCCAGUCCGCCCAUCAUUCGUACCUCGAAACCAACCAGCGGCUACUCGCCACUGACAGGCUCAAGGAGCUCCUUGACCCGAAGCCCCAGCCGCGAGAGCGCUUCGGGCCUGCGCUCCUUGAUUCGCACCAGCAGUUUAGCCUCGCGUCCAUCCUCCCGGGCCUCUGCUGCGUCCAAGAAUGACGACGCCCACAGCAUAGGCAACCUUUCGAUAGAACGUACAUCUGCCGAGUCCCCCGAGCUGAAACACCAUCCGUCGCAUGACAGCUGGGGAACUAGAUCCGUUCGGAGCACGAAGGGACUCGUCUACACGAGUUCAAAGGAGCGUGUCGGCGAAAGAGAACUUGAAAGAAAACGAUUGCAGGGGAGGUCCAUUGGCCAAAACGAACCAAGUAGAGGCCCCCCGAACCACACCAUGAAUAGCGGCGCCCGGCCGGACUCUUCCCUCGCUGAUACCGUCAUCAACGAAGAGCCUGCUUCCCAUAGCGGCAGCCCGGAACCGCAUGGGCCAAGCCCAUUGAGCAGCGCGCGGCCGCAACCGCAGCCGCAGCCGCAGCCGCAGCCUAUCCCUAUGCGAGAGUCGAGCCUGGGAAAGUCGCGGUCUCAUUUGAAACGCACAAGCGCGCGUCGAUCUAAGCGGCACGGCGACGCCCCGGCAGCCAAGCCCAUACCAGAGGCCGAAGAACACGUCAUUGACCGCAAUUUGCCGCGCCAGCAGCAUGCUCGCACGGGCUCAGAGACGGGUACACCAGCAAAACACUUGCUGCUCAGCCCGGACGACUACCCAGCAUCCCCCGCGUCGGCAUCCAGGGCAACCCGGCCCCGCCCAGACUUCAACAAGGAACCUGUCGACGACAACGACGAGGGAGCUGCGCCGUUCCCCGCUGUUGCGCAGAGACGGCGGGAGAGCCACAGCACUGAACGCAGCAGCAGUCGGUUGUCCGGCCGCUUGAGUCCCGUUCCGAGAGAGGCCCUCCGAAUCAAGCGUGGCGGCAGUUCGCGCCUGAAGCGCCUGUCGGGCCCGCUCACUCCCCGCAGCGAAUCUACGAGAACGAGUGCCGCCGCCUCGCCCGAACCCGCUGCCCAGCAAGCUCACCAAGUCUAUCCUGCGGGCUACGAACGACCCGGAUCUGCAGACUCGGUGGAUGAUGCGGUCGAGUCAUACCUCUGUUCCCCACGCCUGUCUCAAAAAAUUCGACACCCCCAGACGGGCCGAGUCAUUUCCUUCUCAGAAGUCGGUGACGCAAAUGGAUCGGCAGUCUUUUGCUGCGUCGGCAUGGGUUUGACAAGGUACGUCAUGGCCUUCUACGACGAGCUGGCCUUGACCUUGAAACUGCGCCUCAUUACGCCUGACCGCCCCGGGGUCGGUGAUAGUGAGCCAUAUGCCGAUGGGACGACGACGCCUCUGAGCUGGCCCGACGACGUCUAUGCCAUUUGCCAAGCGUUGAAGAUUACCAAAUUUUCCAUUCUUGCCCACUCGGCAGGCGCAAUCUAUGCUCUGGCCACGGCGCUGCGAAUGCCUCAGCACAUCCGCGGACGCAUUCAUCUUUUGGCGCCAUGGAUCCCCCCAUCUCAGAUGAACGUAUUUGGCGGAUCCCAAACGCUCCCCCCGACCAACGCUAUUCCCACGUCCCAAAAGAUUUUGCGUGCUCUACCAACGCCUCUCCUGAAGGCGGCUAACAGCAGCUUCAUGACGGCAACCAGCAGCUCCAUUACGAGCUCAUUGCCCAAGAACUCACGUCGCACCAAGCGAAAGUCGAAUACCCACGGCCGGGAUGUCAACGCCGCCAACCGCAAUGCCACGGCCGUCAACGACAAGGAGGACCUCAACAACACCCCUCAAGGCAAGGACGCGCCAGAAGGCAGACAGCAAGGGAAGGGAUUUGACACGCCCAACAUGAGCGAGAAUAUGGACCAAAUCCAGCCAGGUGGGGGCAACAUUGUGGACAGAGGCUCGACGGCCGCCGAGUCGACGACUGAUGUCGCGACAGACAAGGAACGGCAAACGACGUACGACACCCGCUUGACUCAGGCCAUCUGGGAGCUGGCCACCACAGGAGCCAAUCCAGCCGUUGACCUCUUGGUUUGUCUGGAGAGAAGACACGACAUUGGAUUUCGCUACGUUGACAUUACACGACCCGUGAUUAUCCACCACGGCAGCCGAGACUCGCGAGUGCCCGUCGAAAAUGUCAAGUGGCUCGGCAAGACGAUGCGUCGCUGCGAAGUGCGCGUCAUGGAAGGCGAAGGACACGGUCUGAUGGCCAGCGCAACGGUCAUGGGCUCGGUCUUGAUGGAGAUGAGCAAAGAGUGGGAGGAUUGGAUGCGCGUGACGGGGGCCGAUGGACGAAAAGACCGUGACAGGGGACGGCGUGGGACGAUUGCCCGUUAG